AAAAAUGUUAAACAUAGUGGCCUAAAUUCAAUUUCGCGUCAUUAUAUUUUAGUCGAGCAAUUUUAAUUCGUGAAUAACUGUUCUCAAAAUUUAAAGUUUCUUUUCGUUCUAUUUUCCCAAAUUAUUUGUAUAAAAAUGAGCAGAAGCAGAAUGAGCGAUGUUUCCUACAGUAAAAAUCCGAGAGAUAUGACACAUCAAGCAGCGGUACGGAGAUAUUUGACAAAUGCAUUGAAUCGUGCAGUAGCACCCUUACAACAAAGAGUUUCCAUAGCUAAGUUACAAUACAGCCAAAGGCCAUUGCUUAGAGCAAACUAUCCAGUGUUCAAUGACCUAUGCCGUGAAUUCCAAAGUCAAAUCAACAGCACUUGGAAUCAAAUAAAUAAUCUGAUUCGCAGCUCGAGACCUUCUUCCAUUGUCCAGCGUUUCGACGCAAGCAUUCUUAUGUUUGAAAAUAGAUUGUCGGUGAUUGUUGACCAAUUGUUUGAAAUCCUUUCCAUCCCCGACAGUGUAAUAUUAGAUAAGCUGAAACGUGAAAUUCGACAAAAAUUUGAGGACGACUUCGAACUUAUCCAACAGAGAUGCGAUAGGAUCCCAGCAGAUUCAGGUCAUGUUGCUGGUGAAAAGCAAUACUAUGAAUAUUUGAUGAAGGAGUACAUGAACGAAAUUAGCAUUCGGCUUGAUGACGCAUACGAUCAUAGUACAAUUACAACUCUCAGGGUGUUGAUCAAUCGCCACAAAAGACAUCUCAAAGAAAUGGUCGAUAAAAUCGAAAAACUAGCAGCAGGAGAAGAUUUAGAAGACUCAUUUGUACUUAGUGAUCUGAGUGACGAUUCGGCAUAAUAAUAAAAAUCUGUUGUGGAA